CGGAAGCUUCUGAUUCUGGCCCUCGGCGGCUUGCUCUGCGAUCGUGUCCUCAAACGAGAAAACCAGUACCGACUCGUCGCCGCCACUCGCCCUCACGAUGCAGCCUACGGGAGCUUCGUUGGUGCAUUUCAAGUUUACAAGCGGCCACACUGUCAAGAGUUCUUGAACUUCUGCUUCGAAAGGUUCGACGUUGCAUUUUGGACCACGGCUAAGAGAUGGUAUACGGACAACGCUUUAGACUGUGUGAUGAAUGGGUUGAAGAGAAGUGACAUUGUGUUCACAUGGAAUCAAGAUCAAUGUAAAGACUCAGGAUUCAAGACUCUGAACAAGACGGACAAGCCUCUGUUUAUGAAAGAGCUGAAGAAGGUUUUGGAUAACCUUUUUAUGGUUCGUAAUGUCUCGUAUUCGGCUUUGGCUUCGAAUACCUUAAUGAUUGAAGACGAGCCUUACAAGACACUUCUGAAUCCUCCCAAUACUGCGGUGUUCACUACUGAGUACAAGUUUGAGAACAUGAAUGACAAUGUACUAGCUCCAGGAGGUGAACUGUGGAUGUUUCUGGAUGGGCUAGCGAGAGCAGGAGAUGAUGUCCCGUCUUACGUGAAGGCCCAUCCAUUUGGGAAGCCUGCUAUCACUCCAGCCCAUUCUGAUUGGGCUUACUACAAAAAGAUAAUCCAGGCUCAUGGUGGAAGUUGUUGA